GAGGAUUUGACGAGGAGCGUGAAGAAUGGUUUCGAAAGGCGUUUUAAUUUUCACAGUUUUGACUGCAACAUGCUCAAGUCAAAUCAUCAGAUAUAACAUCAAUCACCAUUGUUUUGGUGGGACUGGUGGUGUAUUCGAAUGUGAUCGUUUAAAAAAUGGGAGAUACAUGCUGUCAGGCGAGAAUGUGCAAGUGAUAAUCUUCAAUCGGGUGGACAGUGACGUCGAACUUAUUAUUUCAACCACCAACUUUAAGAAGGAAUUGAAUCAAAUUAAAAUCAAAGUAGGAUUCUGCCCUCGAUUAACAAUAAGAGGAAACAUUAUUAAGCACACCACCAUAGAACAUGCAAAUAAAGAAUGUCAGUAUGAAACGUCUACAACCACAGUGUCCAGAGACAACAAACGUGACAAAGUACAAAUAUCAACAUAUCAGAGCAAUCAUGGUUCCACCACAUCAAUCAAUAAAAAACAUUUUGACUCCACCACAAUGUCAGUAAAUAACGACAAAAGACAGACCUCUGAGCAUACUUCACCUGCACAUAGCAGUUCUGCGACAGCGAGGAAUGAUGAUUCCGUCACACCUGUGCACGGUAGUACUUUGACAAUGAGAAAUGAUGAUUCCGCCACAAUGACAAUGUCAGGAAGCAACGAAGGGGACAAAAGACAGACAUCUGAGUACCAGCAUACAACACCUGUGUCACCAGAUACAAAAUGUACUUCUACAAUUGGGGAUGGUCAUCAUGAUCAUGAGGAAACAGAAAAGGUGAAAACCUACCUUGUAUGGUUAAUUACUAUCACUGCCUGUAAGUAUAAUCAAAAGAACUAGGUAAUACCAAAAUACCAAAAUAAGGAAACUUUCAAGAAAGACAAUAAAUCUGAAGAUUAACAAUCAAUAAUCAAGUAACUACAACAGUUGUCAUAACUUAACACAGACAAAAAAAAAAAAAAAAAUGAGUGUAUUAAAAUUUAUUGGUAUCACAUAGAUCUAGCUGAUUUAUUUACUUAUCAUCCUACACCAGUGAAACUGAUCAUCACAGUCAUCACAGUUAACUUUUUGAGCACAACACCAGAAAUAUAUUUUACUUGUUUAUAUUCUUUAUAUAUGUUUAUAACAUAUUUUGGGGGAAAAUUCACAAGUCCAAGAAUAGUUGA